AACUCCUACGUGACAGCAACCUCUCGUCAAACUGAACCUAAACUAACAUUAACAAAAAAAAAUAUAUCGUCUGCUCAACCGGCCGAUCAACCAAGCUCAUCGCAACCGCCCGACGACCAUUCUCGCGCGCGAAGCAACUGAUGAUGGCCGGCCGUUGGGAAUUGUCGCGUCGACCCGGACAUUUUCGUCGCACGAGCCGGCGUUGACCUGAUCACUGCAAGCAGUAACGUGUCCUGCACUCUAGGCAGACUUACAUAGCCUGCGUCGUCGUGCCAGGUUCUCGAUCGUUUGCAAGCAAUUUUUUACCAAGCACUAGCUAUAGCAGGUCGUGGCCGUGCAUCCAUGUCGAGCCCCGCCCCGCCGCGGUACGACGGCGGCGGCGCGAGCCCGUUCACGCGGCCGCAGCAGCAGAAGCAGGCGUACAGCUUCAGCGGCCGCGUCCUGCUCACGGCCGUCGUCAUCCUCGCCAUCCUCGCCGCCGUCUUCUUCCUCCUCCGGCUCCUCUACCAGUUCGUGGCGCGCGGCCGGGGCGGCGGCCUGGCCGCGGGCGUCCGCCGCUCCUUGAGCUCCUUCAGCAGGAGCGCCCGCCACGGGCUCGACGCGUCCGCGCUCGCCGCGCUGCCGGUCACCGCGUACCGCCGCAAGCCGCAGCAGGCCGACGGCGGCGGCGGGCCCGCCUCCGCCUCGGCCUCCACCAGCGCCGCCGCGGCGACGGAGUGCGCCGUGUGCCUGUCGGAGCUCGCCGACGGCGAGAAGGUGCGCGCGCUGCCGAGCUGCGGGCACGUCUUCCACGUCGAGUGCGUCGACGCGUGGCUGCGAUCCAGGACCACGUGCCCGCUGUGCCGAGCGGAGGUGCGGCCCAACAACAAGAAGGGGGAGGGGACCGCGGACGCGCGGCCGCCGCCGGCUCCGGCGUUGUUCGGUGCGGGGGGCGCGGUGGUCGUGACCGUGGAAGCCGGCGUCGCGGCCGCGGAGACCAGGGACGGGCGCCCGCCCCGUGCUGGGCUCCGCGGUCAACCGCCGGGUAGGUAGCCAAAAGCGACAUUGUCAUUUAUUGACUGCUUCUUGCGAAUCAGUAAUUUGUACAUGUAGGCUGUGUUUAGAUCCCUGCAAAACGGGUAGAAAAAAUCACAUCCGACACUGUAGUAUAUUUCGU